CUGGAGCCGAUCAGCAGUGCGAGCUGCCCGGGGCGCAGUCGUGAGCUCGCCCGACGGGCCCCCACCCCCGAACUACAACCUGCCGUGCCAGGCUCUGCCCGAGUCCGUGCCCCCACGGGGAGCGCGCCGGGGCUGCCCCCCGAAUGACGGGCGGAAGGUUCGACUUCGACGAUGGCGGCACCUACUGCGGCGGCUGGGAGGAGGGCAAGGCGCACGGGCAUGGCAUCUGCACGGGGCCCAAGGGCCAGGGAGAGUACUCUGGCUCCUGGUCGCACGGCUUCGAGGUGGUCGGAGGCUACACCUGGCCCAGCGGCAACACCUACCAGGGCUACUGGGCGCAGGGCAAGCGGCACGGGCUGGGGGUGGAGACGAAGGGCAAGUGGAUGUACCGGGGGGAGUGGUCACAUGGUUUCAAGGGGCGCUACGGGGUCCGGCAGAGCCUGUGCACCCCCGCCCGCUACGAGGGGACCUGGAGUAACGGGCUGCAGGACGGGUACGGCGUGGAGACCUACGGGGAUGGAGGUACCUACCAGGGCCAGUGGGCUGGAGGCAUGCGGCAUGGCUACGGUGUACGCCAGAGUGUGCCCUAUGGCAUGGCCACGGUGAUCCGCUCCCCACUGCGCACCUCCCUGGCCUCGCUGCGCAGUGAGCAGAGCAACGGUAGCGUGCUACAUGAAGCUGCCGCCGCAGCUGCAGACAACCCGGCUGGCACAAGAGGUGGCUUUGUGCUCAACUUCCAUGCGGACACAGAACUGGGCAAGAAGAAGGGUGGCCUCUUCCAUCGGGGCUCCCUUCUCGGCAGCAUGAAACUCCGCAAGUCCGAAUCCAAGUCUUCCAUCUCCAGCAAGCGCAGCUCGGUCCGCAGUGAUGCAGCCAUGAGCAGAAUCAGUUCUAGCGAUGCCAACUCCACCAUUAGCUUCGGUGAUGUCGACUGUGAUUUUUGCCCUGUGGAAGAUCAUGUGGACGCCACUACCACGGAAACCUACAUGGGCGAGUGGAAGAACGAUAAGCGGAAUGGCUUCGGCAUCAGCGAACGCUCCAACGGCAUGAAAUACGAAGGCGAGUGGGCCAAUAACAAGAGGCAUGGGUACGGCUGCACCGUGUUUCCUGAUGGCUCCAAGGAAGAGGGAAAAUACAAAAAUAAUAUCCUGGUCCGUGGAAUAAGGAAGCAGCUUAUACCAAUAAGAAAUACAAAAACUAGGGAGAAGGUGGAUAGAGCAAUCGAAGGCGCACAAAGGGCGGCGGCUGUGGCCAGAACCAAAGUGGAAAUAGCAAACUCAAGGACUGCACAUGCCAGAGCGAAAGCUGAUGCUGCUGACCAAGCUGCCCUGGCUGCUCGCCAGGAGUGUGACAUAGCAAGAGCUAUGGCCAGAGAGCUAUCACCCGAUUUCUACCAGCCAGGCCCUGAUUAUAUCAAACAACGAUUCCAGGAGGGGGUAGAUAUUAAAGAAAACCCAGAAGAAAAGGUCCCAGAAAAGCCUCCCUCACCAAAGGAAUCUCCUCAUUUUUAUCGCAAAGGCACGACACCCCCCAGGUCUCCUGAGGCAAGUCCCAAACAGAGCCACUCUCCUCAGUCUUCCUCCCCAGAGUCUGCGAAGAAACAAAACCCCAUUCCAGGGGCAAAACUCAGUCAAGAUAAACGGAGCCUAGCUGAGGAGCAAGUGACAGCCAUUGUUAAUAAGCCCUUGAUGUCAAAGGCUGCCUCAAAGGAACUGGGAGCAUCCGUGUCCAAGUACUCUGGCCGCCACUAUGUCCCCAAUCCCAGCAAUGGGGAGCUGCACUCUCAGUAUCACGGCUACUAUGUGAAACUGAACACACCUCAGCAUCCUCCAGAAGACAGGGAGGAUGACAGCAGAGUCAUCCAGUCUUCCUCAGCAUUGGUACCUAGGCAAUCACCUAACAAGUGGGGUCCCCCUAAAUCUGUGACAAAACCAGUUGCCAAAGAAAGCAAAACUGAGCCAAAAGCAAAGAAGUCUGAACUUGCUAUACCAAAGAAUUCAGCAAGCAACGAUACCUGCCCUUCUUUGGAAAAAGAAGCUAAUUCCGGCCCUAAUUCCAUCAUGAUUGUCCUGGUCAUGCUGUUGAAUAUUGGGUUGGCCAUUCUUUUUGUUCACUUUCUGACUUGAUUGGAAUUAGGAAAGCCCCAUCCGGCGAAGUUCUUGGCAUUGGCUUCUCCAUCUGUCCUAGCAGAGUGUGACUAAACGGGAGUUGUAUGGACCUGCAUAUUUUUUUUUGAUGGAAGUCAACAGCUGCCUUACUAUUUUACCAUCUGACGUUUUUAGUAGGGAGCUGGGAAGAGAAGACUGCCAGAGGAAUUCAGUCUGAGGAUUGUGUUGCGGUGGGCGUGGCUCCAACAUUCACUCCUAUCUCAUUAGAAGUAGGUAGCAGCAUCACUCAGCAGUCUUCUGCUGUGACCUGCUACUUUAACAUCUCCUGGAAUGUUCUGGAAGGGAAUGUUUCAUUUGCUUGUGCACGACUCUGCUCAUUUCUGCUGUUUAUUUAAAUAUGAUGUAUAGUCAUAUUAAAAUAUGUGCAGUCCUGGAUGGAUGAGAACACACAGGUUGCAUCUCAAGGAAAAGCAACAACAAAAGACUAGUUAAAAAAUAUAUAGUAUUUAUUUUAAUAGCAAUACAUUGUUUUCAUGUUGUUUAUUCCUUUCAAACCUAUAAAAGGUUAUUUAUCUUUAAAAUAUAGUGAUCUGAAGGUAUUAUACCUUCCAAAGAUGUAAUUUAAUUUUAAAUAUUUUUUAACAUCAUUGAGGUGAAUUUUUGAUGCACUCAGGAGGUGCUAAAUUUUAAAAGCUGAAAGACGACAGAAUACUAAGAAAUGUAGUCAAAAUGUUGCAUGGAUUGCAGUAAUCAGUGGUUAAGGGUUCGGUUUCAUUGCUGACGUAUGUUACAACCAAAUAAAAUCUUGUCAGUGGCUCUGUUAAUUCCCAUGAAAGUUAAGCAAGAUCUAUUAAUAGCUACUCUUCUAUUUCUCCACCCCACCCCCAACUCGAAUUUUGGUUGAAUGCCUUCAGGUAGACAGUAAAGCUUUGUUAAGUCACUGCUCCUUCUCUGCCU